UACACAUCAGUAACCAUGGAGAAGGUAGACAGUGAACCCGUCCCUUUUCGUCACACGCUAGUGAAACAUAAUGUGAUCAAAUUCGCAUACAUGCAUAUCGCGGCUUUGUAUGGAGUUUAUCUGUGCUUCACCUCUGCAAAAUGGCAAACGUUGUUGUGGGCGUUUUUACUGCUGGAAUUUGCAAAAAUUGGGAUCACUGCUGGAGCUCAUCGGCUGUGGUGUCAUCGGUCCUACAAAGCCAAGUUGCCAUUGGAGAUAAUCCUCUUGAUUUUUAACAGUAUCGCUUACAUGAACACGGCAACAUACUGGGUAAGGGAUCAUCGCGUACACCACAAAUUUGCUGACACAGAUGCUGACCCGCAUAAUGUGAAUCGAGGAUUUUGGUUUUCGCAAAUCGGUUGGCUGUUCGUCCGUAAACAUCCCGACGUUUUGGAAAAAGGGAAGACCGUUUAUAUGGAAGAUAUUCACAAGAAUCCGUUAUUAAGGUUUCAAAAAAAGUAUGCCUUCUUCGUUAUUGGUUUAUGGGCAUACGUUAUACCCACUGUCGUGCCAAUGUAUUUUUGGAACGAGUCAUUCAACAAUUCUUGGCAUAUUUGUACUAUGCUUCGUCAUGUUCUAACCAUCAACCAAAUUUUCCUAGUGAACAGCAUCGGACAUAGCUGGGGUAAUAGACCUUACGACAAGAACAUCAAGGCUGUCGAAAAUAUAGCGGUGUCACUGAUGUCAACUGGUGAAUGUUUCCAUAAUUAUCAUCACGUCUUUCCAUUUGACUACAAAGCUUCUGAACUUGGAAUGACAAAAUUCAAUGCCGCCACCAUGUUCAUUAAUUUCUUUGCGUGGAUUGGCUGGGCAUACGAUUUGAAAACUAUACCUGAUGAAUUAAUCAUUGCACGAUCAAAAAGAACUGGCGAUGGUAGAAAUCUUUGGGGCUGGGGUGAUGUGGAUCAAACCGAGGAAGAAACUAAAGGCGUUAAAUACUUGUAUACGAAAAAGUGAUUGUAUUUUUUCAUCACAUAAGUAUUUUUAAGAAUAGUUUUGUAUUUUGUUGUAGCAAAACCAUUUACGCCAUAAAGUAAUAGGUAGUCGGCGUGUGUGAUUAUUGUUGUGGAUCAAACAGAUGAAAAACCAAAGCCGUUAAAUACAUAUUUGUGUACGAA